AUGGGGUAUGGCAGUGAUCAGGAUACUGGUAUGGGGUAUGGCAGUGAUCAGAAUUCUGGUAUGGCGUAUGUGGUGAUCAGGAUGCUGGUAUGGGGUAUGGGCGGUGAUCAGGAUACUGGUAUGGGGUAUGGUGGUGAUCAGGAUACUGGUAUGGGGUAUGGUGGUGAUUCAGGACGUUGGUAUGGUGUAUGGCAGUGAUCAGGACACUGAUAUGGGGUAUGGCAGUGAUCAGGACACUGAUAUGGGGUAUGGCAGUGAUCAGGACACUGGUAUGGGGUAUGGCAGUGAUCAGGACACUGGUAUGG